CCACGUCCACCGACUCCAACACCACCGCCACCGCCGCGGUACCACCUCCUCCUCCACAGCCACCACGCCCACACGCACCCCAAUGCCCACCACGCCAGCUCCAUAGCACCCACGCCAGCCACCAUCGCCACCACGCCCGCCCCGCGCCCGCUGGUUGCCUGCCUCCGGAGCCGGGCCGCCUGUCAAGGUGUGCCAAUGAGAAGCAUAUCAACCCCAACUCGCCCUGUCUCCCCAUGGACCAGCGACGCAAACGCGAGGUAAGCGCCAUCGAGGCCGCCCAGGGAGCCUUUGGCAUCGAGCGGCCCCGCGACCGCGACGACCGCAAGCAAACCACGAUCCGCUCCGUCACGCCCGACGAGCCCCCGAUCCCAGAGGACGGCCUCGCCCCCCAGAGCUUCUCGCCGCCAAACAGCCCCCACUCGCACAACAGCCAGCUCUCCGCCGCCCGCUCCGCAAACCCCAGGGCCUUUGUCGCCCGCGCCUCGAGCGACUCCGACUACCGCAAUGCCCGCGAGCCCGCCCGCCCGCGCACCAGGACCCUCGAGGAGCGCACCACCCGCGACCGCUCCCCCUCGACCGUCUUCGCUGCACAAGGCCGCCAUCGCAUUGGCUCCGUCGCCAGCUCCCAGUCAAACUACCAGAGCCUCGAGGAGUCGGUCGUGACCUCGAUUGGCCACAUCUCCACAAUCUCCCCGUCCUCGUCCACCCAUCAGCCCCCGCCUAGGACCUCGAGCACAAACAGCCGCGGCCGCCUCGUCAAGCAGCAGCAGCAGCAGACGCAGCCACGCCCCCAAUCUCCCGUCAUCUCCCCGACUACGGUUCCCCCAGAGUCGUGGCUGUCGCCUGUGCCUGCCUCGGAUGCCAGGAAACUCAAGGCCCUCAUGCGCUCUACAUGCGGCAAGAUGCAGGGUCUUCUCGCCUUCCGCAGAGGGGAACAGAGCCCUUGGGCCCUUUCCUACUGCUACAUCAAUGACGAGGCUGGCAGCCUAGUCUAUGAGCCCAAGAAUGAUGUCUCGUACACUCGCACCCUGAUUCCAGACCUGCGCGGCUGCCACGUGAAGAGCGCAUAUGACGGUGAGGCAUAUACGGCCUACAUCCAUGUCGUCGUCCACAAUUCCAAACUCGAGGUCCAUUUGCGCCCGCCAACACAGGAAGAGUUUGACUCGUGGUUUGCUGCCCUGCUUUGCUGGUCGCCCAUGCGGCCAAAGGGCAUCCAGAAUCGCAUGGCAAAGCCACAGACUCCAGUCAUGAUGGAGCGCCGUCUAACCGACAGCAGACGCCACUCCGAGGUGUCUCUGCUCAAGGAUUCACCCAAGAAGGAAGCCCCCAUUAUCAAGGUCGGUAAGAUGAUCUACUGGGACACGAGCGUAACAUACAGUAAUACAGGCACCCCCAAGAGUGCCGGGCCCAACGGACGUCCACAGGCAUACAGACUGCAGAGCCACGGAUCCCGCAGAUGGAGAAGAGUAUCCUGCACUCUUCGUGAAAAUGGUGAGCUCAAACUCUAUUCUGACACCGACGUUACCCUCGUGUCCACCAUCCAGCUCUCGCAGCUGUCGCGUUGCGCAGUCCAACGCCUGGAUCCGUCUGUUUUGGAUAACGAGUUUUGCAUUGCCAUAUAUCCCCAGUACACUGCUGCGUCUUCCCCUUCACUAUCAGUAGUACGGCCGAUAUUUUUAUCCUUAGAUUCACGCGUCUUGUACGAGGUUUGGAUAGUUCUUUUACGCGCAUUUACCGUCCCGCAAUUGUACGGCCCAAAGUCGGAUGCCAUAACCGAGGACGGAACCCUCUCGCCCACGUUUGGCACCCAGGAUAUGUUCCGCAUGGAAAAGUCAUUAUUUGUACGAGUCAUUGAAGCAAAGUUGAUACCGCCGGUCAGUCCAAAGGUUGCCGACAGCAAUGGAACCACACCAAUAAGGCCAUCUUCAUCAGCCACAGCGAACCCAGGAGGAUACCUCGUGGAACUACUGCUAGACGGUGAAACGCGCGCACGAACAAUGGUCAAGAACGAAGGCAACAAUCCUUUCUGGAGGGAAGAGUUUGAGUUCUUGGACCUACCCGCACUCCACACAGCCUCGCUGCUGUUGAAGAAGCGACCACCAAGCUACAACACCCGCAACGACAAGAACGUUUUCGAAGCUCCCCUUGGCAACGAUUCCUGGGUCACUGAAGGUGGUUAUGCUGGCAUAUCCUUUGACCAGACAUUAGGCAAAACAGACAUCUACCUUGAUGAUCUUGGUCCAAACCAAGAAAUGGAGAAAUGGUGGCCCCUUGUAAACAUGCAUGGCAACACCAUCGGCGAGGUUCUUGUCAAGGUCAGCAGUGAAGAAUGUGCGAUUCUCAUGGCUCGUGACUACUACCCUCUUUCCGAGCUUCUCCACCGGUUCUCCAAUGGAAUAACCCUACAGGUCGCCCAAAUGAUUCCCAACGAGCUCAGGAGACUCUCCGAAUAUCUAUUGAACAUUUUCCAGGUUUCUGGAGCAGCAGUGGAUUGGAUAUGUGCGCUUGUCGAAGAAGAGAUUGACGGUACUCUGAAAGAAUCCCCGGCUAGUCGCUUACGGUUUAGCAAGAGGCUAGGUUCGAGCGAGUCGAACGAGUCACCGUCAAAUACGUUUGGAUCCACAAGCGAUCGAGAGCUCUUCGUACGAGACAUGGGCAACAAUGCCAAACUCGAGGCCAAUCUACUUUUCCGUGGCAAUACCCUCUUGACAAAGUCCUUGGAUCUACACAUGAAGCGCCUCGGCAAAGAAUACUUAGAGGAGACGCUGAGCGAGAAACUGAGGGAAAUCAACGACAAAGAUCCCGAGUGCGAAGUCGAUCCGAACAAGGUCUCAUCACAGCACGAGCUAGAUCGGAAUUGGCGGAGGCUGAUCAACUGCACGGAAGAAGUUUGGCGGUCCAUCUACAAUUCAGUUCAACGGUGUCCGCAGGAAUUGAGGCUGAUCUUCAGACACAUCCGAGCUUGUGCGGACGACCGUUAUGGAGACUACCUACGGACCGUACAGUACAGCAGUGUGUCUGGUUUCUUGUUCCUGCGCUUCUUCGUUCCGGCUGUACUUAACCCGAAGCUCUUUGGUUUGCUCAAAGAUCAUCCCAAGGUAAAGGCACGGAGAACAUUCACCCUCAUUGCAAAGUCUUUGCAAGGUCUGGCAAACAUGUCUUCAUUUGGAACCAAAGAGGCAUGGAUGGAGCCCAUGAAUGCGUUCCUUACCUCACAUCGACAGGAGUUCAAAAAGUACCUUGAUGAUAUUUGCUCGAUAUCCACCACGUCACAACCUGCACAGCCGAUCCCACCAUCUUAUAGCACGCCGAUUGCCAUCCUACAUCGGCUGCCGCCUACUUUCAAGGAAGGAUUUCCUUCCUUGCCGUAUCUCAUUGACCACUCGCGCAACUUUGCAAUGUUGGUCAAUCUUUGGUUGGAGCACACUCAAAAGAGCGCGCACGACAUUCAAUCGACUGACGGCGAUCUCCUGCGUUUCCACAACAUCUGUUUAUCCCUCAGUGAGCGUACCAAGGAUUGCCUGAACCGUGCUGAGCCGGCCGAACGACCAUCGUCGUCGUUGAGUGUCAAGUGGGAAGAGUUGGUCGAGCAGUUGCAGGGUGUUCAAAUUGAUACGACACGAGGCGCAGCGACAAGAAACCGGGGUCCAAUUCAGGAAGAGGAAUACGAGGAUUCAUCUCUAUACCCAAGCAACGGUGACGAAUACCAAUCUUCGUCAACAAGCACGCCUAUCACAAUGCAGCCACCACCACGAACACGGCACCAGCAAAACACUAGUAUUUCGGCAUCACAAAGUUCAUUGAAAAGCAACAGCUCAACGACAAUCUCCUAUACGAAUCCCUUUUCCAAGAAGCAAUGGUCAGGUCAGUAUGUGGCAGGUUCACACGACUCUGUAGGCGCCUCACCGUCCGCGUCGGCGAGCGCAUCAGCUUCUGCAGCCGAGGAUACGCCCCCUGGUUCCAGUGACGGCCUGCACAUGGCUCCCGCGCCCUCGUAUCCUCAAGCUCUCACGACUACGACAACGACUACCAUUUCGACAUCUACCUCGACACAGUCUUUCAACUACAGUAAUCCAAACUCUCACAUCAACGCCAACUCUCUCGUCACCUCCAACAUGCACAUGAACACUGUUUCGACAAACUCGCUUGCGGGUCGGCCACCUCGUUCUGCUGGAGGACAAAGCGUUGAAGGUAGCGACAGCGGCAGCAUUGCAGAAGAAGAAUACACGACUGCCCUGCCAGUGUUCUCUGAGAAGUCCACCAAGGAGAAGAAGGAGCGUGGCUUCCGCGGCGUCCUCCCCUUCCAACGCAAAAGCAAACGCAAGGACAAGGACAAGGACAAAGACAAAGAGAAGGACAAGGAAAACCGCAAGGACAAGGGCAAAGACAAGGACCGCGACCGCGACAAGGAUCGCAGCCAGGACCGCAGCCCCGAACGCGGAGGUGGAGGAGGCGGCGACAUGGGCAUUCUACGAGGCAAAAGUAGCAACAUGCGGGGCGACGAACGAGACCGCGAUGAAGAAUUCUGACUGCAUGGCUGGUUCACUGGCGACAGCCCCAAGAUGCUGGCCAAGAGGGAAAUCAAACGGCGGAAGAGUGCGGGUGAAUUGUUGGAUAAGGGGAGUUACCCUUGAUUCCUUCCUCUAUUUUCUCCGCCACCCGUCGUCGACGUUACUCUCUCUAGCAAAGACAUGUUCUACCUACUACUUUCUCAUCAAUGUCUCUGUCCCUCCUCUACCUUCCACCUUUACCUACCUAACCUUUUUCUUUUUCUCUAUCUCUCUUUUUUGUCGAUGAGCAACAAGAGGGUCUUUCUUCCUUCCCUUUUUUCUUCUUAACAAUUUUUGGCAAUUACACUUGGGGGGGGGGGGGG